ACAAUCACCACAGCAGAUAAUUGAAAGAAGAUGGCUGCUCCCGUGAUGUGAGGAAGUCUACAUUCAAGACAGAUGAAGAAAAUUCGAUAGAAAAUGAGAUAAACAACGAAACCGCACUGGCAUCUAGGGCAGCAAAGAAUUCUAACGCAAGGACUCUUAGGAGCGGAGAGCUCAGGCGUUUGUAGUUCAGACGUGCGCUUUUGGCUGUAAAUGAAGUGACAGAGAAAAGUGUUCUUCAAAAAUGGAUGGAAUGUCUUCAGAGAGUAAUGAAGAAAAUGCUAAUACAGAGAGACCUAUUAGAAGACGGCAUUCCUCAAUUUUGAAACCCCCAAGGAGUCCUCUUCAGGACCUAAAAAAUGGGAAUGAAACAGUUCAGGAAUCCAGUGCUUUGAGAAAUAAGAAAAACUCUCGACGAGUCAGCUUUGCAGAUACUAUAAAUUUUAGAGUAUUCCAGACAGAGUCUCAUACGAAAAUAGCGAAAAAGUCUGGAAUUACAGAAACAGAAGCAGGAGAAAAUGUUCUGUUUAACUGGAAUAAUUCAGAAGAUAGUUAUUGUGAGAUUACUGGAAUGAAUACAUUGCUUUGUGCUCCCAUUCAGACCCAGGUACAGCAAAAAGAGUUUUCAAGUAAAGAACACAAACAUGAAAGGAAACAUACAAAUGAUCAGACAGUCAUCUUUUCAGAUGAAAACCAGAUGGAUCUGACAGCAAGUAACACUGUGAUGAUUACCAAAGACCUUUUAGAUUGUUCCAAAAAUGAAGAGUAUGCUAAGAUAGACACCACAUCAUUUCUAGCUAACUUAAAGUGCCACAUUGAGGAUUCAAGAAUGAAAAAAGAAUUAAGCAUUUCCAUGGAUCAAAACACUUCGGAGAAAAAAAAUUUUAGUGACUUCAUAAAAAGAUUGAAAACUGGGAAGUGUAAUGCUUUUUUUACCGGGCCUAAUAAAGAAAAUUCUGAAAUUCCUAUUUUUUCCAAGAAAUCAGAUAAUACUCCUUCCACAUAUCAAAUAUGUACAUCUUUUAAUGUAGAUGAGAAAAGUAGUAAUAUAACUAGAGUCUUUAGAGAACAAGAUGAUGGGAUGAAUUUAACGCAGUGUCAUACAAACAAUAUUCAGACUUUCGUUCCCAUAACCGGUGAGGCCAACUUAAGAAAAUUCAAAGGUGACAUUACAAUUUAUGAUAAUGACUGCAUGGAUUUGGCAACUAACCACACAUUACAGGUUUUACCUUCUGUAGACAAUUCAUCUGAAACAGAAAAUCAAACUCAGGCUGUCAUGGAUAUUGCAACAGACUGUGAAACUAAAGCUCUAGGAAAGAAAACAAUCUUUAAGAAAUUCAAUGCUGCUUUUCCAGACCCUUCCUUAAACUCUCCAGAUAAUCUACCUAUAAACAGAAGUCAUAUUGCAGAGUCAGAAACUUGCAGAAUCACUCAAACUUCCAAUCAAGAUAACAGAACAUUGUCAGUGACCCAAGAAUCUAUAUGUUCUAGUGAACUACUUAUUCCAGGUAAUAAGACAGUUUUUUAUUCUACUUGUAAUGAUGCCAUGGAGCUGACCAAGUGUCUUUCAAGUGUGAGAGAGGAGACAAAUUUGUUAAACCAUGACAGUAAUUAUUUUAAAAUAUGUCCCAAUCCAGAUGCCAUACCUUGUAUCACAGAGAAAACUAUUUACUCAGAGGACAGCAUUGACUUUACCAAGAGUCACACAGUUGUAAUAGAUAAUCAGAUUUUUGAACAAUAUCAAGCAGAUGUACAGAUGGCCACAUCAAUACCUAAAAAAGGAAAGAUGCUCCAAAAUUAUAUAAUUGGGUCAGAAGAUAGAAAAAUGAAUGUAAAUUAUAACUUCGUUCCUGGUAUACCUAAAGAGAGAUUACAGCAAAACCUGCUCUAUCAUGAUAAAGAUUCUCCAUCAGCUGGCUAUACUGAGGACACAGCAACAAACCAUAAUAUAGUCUAUUCAGGGGCAAGUCUUCAAAAACAAGCACCACUAGGAAAUAAUAGAAAUACAAUUUCAAACGAGGACUCUUCAUUUUCUAACACAGAGCCAUCACUUUCAUCAGAAAGGCAGUCUGCUCUGACCAAUCAUGUAGUGAAAUCUGUACUAGACCCGAAUUUUAUACUUCCUGAGUCACCGAGGAAAAAUUUAGAGGAUCCCACACCUGACUGUUCUCAUGAUACGUUGACUGUUUGUUCAGAGGAGGAGCAAGGUAUGGAUCUAACCAAGAGUCACACUGUUGUCAUUGGAUUUGGUCCUACUGAAGUAGAAGAAAUUAAUAAUGCUAAUGUAGAACACAGAACCACCCAGCUUCCAAGAGAAAGUACAAAGACAAAUAUAAAAGUGGAACAAUGUGAUAAGAGUCCUAAUGAAAAAACUGAAGUAUUUAUGUGUAAUGAUAAGAAUGCGUUAGAUGACAAAAAUAUGCAGAAUCCUGAAUUUCUAAAAGAAAAACAAAAUUUCAAAAAUUAUGGAAGGAAAAAUGUUGGUGCACUAAAAAUUGAUAAGACUCUAGUAUUUUCAGAGGGUAGUCAGAAUGAUAUGGAUAUCACCAAGAGUUACACAGUGGAAAUAAAUCAUAAACCUUUAGUAGAAAAGGCCAACUCUCAUUUGAUACCUUUGGAAGGAACUUCUAAAACUAUUUUGUAUGCAUGUUGGGAGGAUGAUAUGGAGAUUACUAGAAGUCACACAACUGCUUUAGAAUGUAAACCUGUUUCACCAGAUGAAACAGGUUCUAGGUCUGUGGACAAAACUGUAAUAUUUGUAAAUGAUUGUGAUGAACUAGAAAUGACGAAAUCUCACACUGUUUUCAUUGACUACCAAGCAGAAGAGAGAACCAUACUUUCUGAUAGAUCUAACUUUCAACAGUCCAGAAGGAAAAGCCUACAAAAACCAAAAGUGACAUCUUCUGAGGAUAAUGUUUUCUUUUCUAAAAGUGAUCACCUAGCACCAAAAGACAGACAAGUAACAGUGCUAGAAUGUUCUAACAGAGAUCCUACAGAGAAAACUAUAGCAUUUUUAUCUGAUGAAAAUAUGGGCAUAUCUAAAUUAACCACUUGGGAAAAUGUCAAAGAUAAACAAAAGCCUGUAUCUAUCAAUGAGCCUCUAUCAGUCAAAAGUCAGAGAAGAAAAAGCCUUAGGCCACAAGAUGACAAGCCCAUUACAUCUUCAGAGGAUGAUAAAAAUGACAUGGAUAUCAUCCAGACUUCUAUGGUGGGAAUAAAUAGCAAAAGUGCUCUUGAAGAGAGGGGAAACUUCACUUUGGUACCUUCGACAGGAAUCUCUAGAACUGUUUUGUAUGACUGUGGGCAAGAUGACAUGGAAAUCACUAGAAGUCAUACAGUUGCCUUAGCAAAUAGAACUAUGUUGGCAGAUGAAGUAACUAUUAGACCUGUGGACAAAACUAUAAUGUUUGUAGAUGAUAAUGAUUUGGAAGUCACCAACUCCCAUACUGUUUUCAUCGAUUGUCAAGCCACAGAGAAAAUACUUAAAGAUCAUCCUAAAUUUGGAAUGACAGAAGAAAAAAACUUAAAUGUUUAUUUUCCUAAGGUUGAUAACUAUGAUGAAGAAGACACUAAAAACCAAAUACUGUCUAUAGAAAGCAAAAUUGUUCACCCUGAGCAAAAGGAUCAUAUAAUAUCUUCUAUUCCUACGAAUACAUACUCUAAGCAUCAGAGUGAAAUGGGAAUCAUCAAAUUUCAUGUCCAUGCUACAGGUGAAAAGGGCGAGGAAAAAGUUGUAGACCAAACCUAUACAUUGGAAAAAGCCAAAGUUGAAAGCUGGCAGUUAAAUAGUACAGAUAGAAAAAAUGUGGAUUUUACAGGUAGUCAUGUGACUGCUAUUUGUAGAUCCAGUGAUAAUUCUUGUUCACCAGAUGUUAUUUCUCCUUUUAAUAAUUUGGAGAAUAAUGUCAUGUCCUUAUGUGAUAAAGAUAAAGUCAGUAAGUACCUAGUGCAAAAUGACCUUGCCUUUACAGAUAAUUUAGCCAGUGAAUUCUAUUUGGAAUCUGAGGGCCCACCUCUUUUUGCUCCUUGUUCUUUGUUAGAGAAGGAAGAAGUUAUUCCAACUAAUUCCACAGGACAGAUAGACUAUGCUGUAACACUGCUCAAAGAUCAAGAUCUGCAAAAAGAGCCUCAAAAUCUAUUACCUAGUCAAACUUUAGUGCAUAAUCAAAACCUAGGGGAAAUGACUGAACUCAAUUUAAAGCAUGUAUCUUUUAAACCUCCAAAGGAUCAAAUAGACAUGUUUGUUGAUGAUGCCUUCAUUACUUCUCAGCCUCAUGUCUCAACCCAACAACUCCUGUUCACCCAAAAAGGACAGAAUGUUGCCAGUGAAGAUGUCUCAAAGCUGUCUAACACUGAAAAUGAGAGUUUAAAUAUUGUUACAGAGAACUGCUCUGCACCCACAUGUUCAGACAAAUCCAAAAUUUUCAAUAAUGAGAAACAGUUUGCUAUCGGCUGUGAAAAAGAACUAAAGGAAAAUACAGAUAUCCACAGUAACACAGACUUGACUGCCCAAGUUAUUCAAAUUCAUGCCAAUGCUAAAGAAACAGGUCCUAUACUUGCAUCUGAUGUUCCAUAUUUUAGUAGUGAUAAGCCAAGCCUGAAUAAUUUUAAUGGAAAACCUGGAGAGUUUUUAGAUUUUCAAACUGCUUAUAUACUGCCUUCUUCAGAAGAAAUACUCAAACUAGAAAACAAAGCACUCAGUAAUGUGACUACAGCACAGUCUACAGAAAUAGGUAAUGUUAACAUAUCCCCCAGUGAUGCUAAACAUAACAGAGCUGAAGAAAAUAAAAAUAAUGGAGAUGAAUCUACCCUUGUACCAUUAAAGACAGUUGUUAAAGAUAAAAUGAGGAGAUGUCCUUUGGGAAUAUUUUUGCCCAAAUUGCCAAACAAGAGAAAUUGUAGUGUCACUGGUAUUGAUGACCUAGAGCAGAUGCCAAUAGAGACAGCUGCUUUACAUCAUUUAGAAACUCAGACUGUCUCCACCAAAGAUUCAGGAAUUGGAUCUAUUGCAGCUAAAUUGAAUUUAAGUCCAUCUCAGUAUAUAAAUGAGGAAAAUCUUCCCAUAUAUUCAGGUGAGAUUAAUUCCUCAGACUCAAUUAACAUAGAAAUUGAGGGAAAGCCUUUGAUUGAGACAUAUCAAAAAGAGAUGUCACCAUCUGAAGACAAAAUGGAAGAAACCAGCAACAGCCAAAAAAGAACCUGGGUACAAGACAAAGAUGAUGUUGAGAAUGAGAAAAAAAUCAGAAAAUAUGAGAUUAAUUCUAGUGAUGCUACACAGCAUCAGGAGAUUUUUGAUCACUAUACUGAAGAGGAUAUAGAUAAAAAUGCUAACAGUGUAUUGAUAAAAAACCUGAGCAGGACCUCAUCUAGUGGCAGCAGCUCUCUGGAUUCAAUCAAGGCUGAUGGGAUCUCUCUGGACUUAAGCAUGUACCGGAAUAGUCAAAUGGAAUCCCAGUUUUUCGGACACACUAUUUGUGAAGAGAACUUGAGGGAGAAACUCAAGGAUGGGAGAAUAACAGUAAGAGAGUUCUUCAUACUUCUUCAGGUCCACAUUUUGAUACAGAAACCUCGACAGAGCAGUCUUCCAGCCAAAUUUACUAUAAAUACAUUACCUACUUCAGAAGACCUGAUGUUGAGACAAUAUAUUUAUGGACCCAAGAUAGAGAUUUAUAGAGAAGAUUGUGAAGUUCUUCACCAAAAGAUUGAAGAAUUAAAAGUCUCUGCACUGAACCAAGAUAAACUGUUGACUGAUGUAAACAAGAACCUGUGGGAAAAAAUGAGACAUUGCUCUGAUGAAGAGCUAAAGUCCUUUGGAACUCACCUUAACAAAGUAAAGUCACGUUUUACCAAGAUGACUAAAGUCUUCACUCACCAAGAAAAAGUGACUCUGUACAACAAGCUGGUACAGUCAGCUCAGAAUGAGAGGGAGAAACUUCAGAUAAGGAUAGAUGAGAUGGACACUAUACUUAAGAAGAUUGAUAACUGUCUCACUGACAUGGAAAUUGAAGCUAAGAAUUUGGAGGAUGAAGAGAAAGACAGGCCUAUGGAAGAAUGGGAUUCUGAAAUGAGAGCUGCAGAGAGAGAUCUAGAGCAGCUGAAAACUGAAGAGGAGGAGCUUCAGAGAAAGCUCUUAGAAGUGGAGGCACAGAAAGAACAAACCCUUUCCCAGAUAGAUUUUAUGCAAAAACAAAUAAAUAGAACUGAAGAACUACUGGAUCAUUUGAGCUUGUCUGAGUGGGAAGUCAUUGAGUGGAGUGAUGAUCAAGCUGUAUUUACCUUUGUUUAUGAUACCAUAGAACUCACCAUCACCUUUGGAGAGCCAGUAGCUGGUGUCCCUUUCCUGGAAAAGACUGACAGGAAGAUUGCUGACCUGAAUUUUCAGUCUUUGUUAGAUGAAGUUAAAGCUCCUUCUUCCUCCCUUUUGGUUCAUCAGCUUAUUUUUCAAUACAUUGAGGAACAGGAAUCCUGGAAGAAGAAAUGUACAACACAGCAUCAGGUACCUAAGAUGCUUCAGGAGCUUUCGCUGGUAGUGAGCCACUGCAGACUUCUUGGAGAAGAGAUUGAGUUUUUAAAGAGAUGGGGACCAAAUUAUAACCUAAUGGACAUAUAUGUGAAUAAUACUGAAUUGAGGCUUUUAUUCUCCAGCUCUGUGGCAUUUGCAAAGUUUGAGAUAACAUUGUCUCUCUCUGCCAAUUAUCCAUUAGUCCCAUUACCUUUUACCAUUCAAAAUCACCUGGGGAACACUGGCCAAGAUGAAAUUGCUUCCAUUAUAUCUAAAGUGCCAUUAGAGGACAACUAUUUGAAGAAUGUAGUCAAGCGUAUUUCCCAAGAUCUACUUCAGGACUGCCACUUCUAUCCCUAGACUCAUGAACAAGAGCUAUAAUAACCAAACAAGAGUACAUACACACGUGGGGUCUCCAUGGUGUUUGUCUUUAGAUCAAAGAAGCCUAGUAACAUUCCUCUGACAAUGUUACCAUUAAUUUGUAAGGUUAAUUUUUAAAUGGCUAGUCAGAGCUGAUGAAUGCUCUCAAUUAAUCUGCUAAUCAACUGGUUCAUCUCCAUAUCCAAACUUAAAUAAGUAGUAAGAAAUCUCCUCUAACAAAGUUGCACUCUCUGCUUAGUAUAACUGCUAAGGAGUAACUUCUAAGAGAAGUUAUCACCAACAAACACAUUAGCCAUUUUUCCAUUUUAUAGAUCUAUGAUUUUUUUAAGUUCUCUUGAGUUUGGCCUAGCACAUAUUUCUAGAGUAGAAACGUAUCUGUUAGGUGCUGGCAUGUUGGUGCAUGCCUAUAAUCCCAUUUACUAGGGAAGCUGAGGUGGGAGGAUCACAUAAGCCCAUGAAUUCAAGACUCGCCUAGGCAACACAGCAAGAAUCUAUCUCUGUAACAACAAAAAGAAACAUGUCUGUCUACAAACUACUCAUCCUUUUUGUCCCUUUCAGAAAUGCUAUUUCAGAUAAAAUUUCAGAAAGCAACAGCACCUAGUGGAAUCUAUUCUUCUAUUAAGUCCAUUAAAAGACUUCUAAACUCA